UUCAAGACACGUAACAGCCAUAGACUGUAAACAAUAGGUAACAGCUUAAAAUUAGGAGUGGGGUGUAUUUUAUAUCGUAGAAUAAAACGUGAACGUGUAUUGAGCUUGUGUUCACCAUAGACCUUAUUUCAGCCAUUAAACAAAAAUCCAAGUGACUUCGUGACGAUGGAAAAGGAAGUGCUAAAAUGUUUACUCUUUUCCGCGUUUUGGCCUUUUGGCCUACAAAGUGAUGUCAUACCUGCACCACUCAGCUCAGAGUUGCUUUAGCAGUGUAUUUUUGUGCAGUGGAGCUCAUGGAUGGAUGAACGCUGUCAAACUUUGAACAUCCACAAGUCAUCAUCACAUCUUUCUGCUGCAGGUCUCCUUUAAUGCUAGCCAGGGAUGGCGCUGUGGAUUCAGGCGCAGCAGCUGCAGGGGGAUGCCCUGCACCAGAUGCAAUCUCUCUAUGGGCAGCACUUCCCCAUUGAGGUUCGCCACUACCUGGCACAGUGGCUGGAGGCUCAGCCAUGGGAUGCCAUCGACCUGGAGAACCAGCUGGACGAGUUUAAAGCCAAGCGUCUGCUGGAGGGUCUGAUCCAGGAGCUGCAGAGGAAGGCAGAGCAUCAGAUGGGUGAAGAUGGCUUCUUGCUGAAGAUCAAACUGGGCCAUUAUGCCACACAGCUGAAGAGCUCGUAUGACCCUUGCCCUUUGGAGCUUGUGCGGUGUGUCAAACACAUUCUGUACACUGAGCAAAGACUUGUACAGGAAGCAUCCGAUGCCGGCAGUCCGGGUUCGGGUCCGGUGGACGGGACCCCUCAGAGAUACCAGCAGAUCAACCAGACAUUUGAGGAGCUGCGUGUCAUGACCCUGGACACAGACAACGACCUCCGCAAGCUGCAGCACAGUCAAGAAUACUUCAUCAUUCAAUACCAGGAGAGCUUGAGGAUACAGGCACAGUUGAGUAGCUUGGCCAGCCUUCCUCCAGCCGAUCGUGUUGGGAGAGAGUCGGGUCUGCAGAGCAGGAAGUCCACGCUAGAGGCCUGGCUCACACGAGAGGCCAACACCUUACAGAAAUACAGACAGGAAUUGGCGGAGAAGCAUCAGAGAACACUAGCUCUGUUGCGGAAACAGCAAACCGUGAUCGUGGAUGAUGAACUGAUCCAGUGGAAGAGACGACAGCAGCUCGCAGGAAACGGAGGACCAUCAGAGGGAGGACUGGACAUACUGCAAGCCUGGUGUGAGAAGUUGGCCGAUAUGAUCUGGCAAAACAGACAGCAGAUUCGUCGAGUUGAACACCUUACACAGCAGCUGCCCAUACCUGGACCCACAGAAGAACUUCUCACUGAACUCAACGCUACCGUCACAGAUGUCAUAUCGACUCUCGUCACCAGCACAUUUAUUAUUGAGAAACAGCCUCCUCAAGUGCUGAAGACUCAGACUAAAUUUUCGGCGACGGUUCGUUUGCUGGUCGGUGGAAAACUCAAUGUCCACAUGAAUCCUCCUCAGGUUAAGGCCACAAUCAUCAGCGAACAACAGGCCAAGGCAUUACUCAAGAAUGAGAACAUCCGCAAUGACAGCAGUGGAGAGAUUCUGAACAACAACUGUGUGAUGGAGUACCAUCAAACCACUUGCACCCUGAGCGCACACUUCAGGACCAUGUCUCUAAAACGCAUUAAGCGUUCAGAUCGUCGUGGGGCGGAGUCAGUGACGGAAGAGAAGUUUACGGUUCUGUUUGAGUCUCAGUUCAGUGUUGGAGGAAAUGAACUUGUGUUUCACGUAAAGACAAUAUCCCUGCCUGUUGUGGUCAUCGUUCAUGGGAGUCAAGACAAUAACGCUACAGCGACAGUAUUGUGGGAUAAUGCUUUCUCUGAGCCGGGUCGAGUGCCGUUCGUAGUUCCUGAUAAGGUGCUGUGGCCGCAGUUGUGCGAGGCUCUGAACAUGAAAUAUAAAUCAGAGGUUCAGAGCGACAGAGGCCUGUCAGAAGACAAUCUGGUGUUCCUCGCUCAGAAAGCCUUCAGCAGCUCCAGCAAUAACCCUGAGGACUACUGUAACAUGACCAUCACCUGGUCUCAGUUCAAUAGGGAGAGUUUGCCAGGCAGGAGCUUCACAUUCUGGCAGUGGUUUGAUGGAGUCAUUGAGCUAAUGAAAAGACACCUGAAGUCUCACUGGAAUGAUGGAGCGAUUCUGGGUUUUCUUAACAAGCAGCAAGCUCAGGACAUGUUGAUGUCCAAACCAAACGGCACGUUCCUCCUGCGCUUUAGCGACUCUGAAAUCGGAGGCAUCACCAUAGCAUGGGUCGCAGAAAACCCGAACAAAGCAGGAGAACGGAUGGUGUGGAACCUGAUGCCCUUUACUACUAAAGAUUUCUCCAUCCGCUCUCUGACCGAUCGGAUCAGUGAUCUGAACCAUCUGCUCUUCCUCUAUCCCAACCAGCCCAAAGAGGAAGUCUUCUCCCGUUACUGCACACCUCCAAACUCAAAAGCAGUGGGGGAUGGAUAUGUCAAACCAGAGAUCAAGCAGGUGGUGAAGGUUGAGUUUUCUUCACCCAAUCCUGAACCGUCCUCCGGGAAUUCCUUCAUGGAGCACGCAGCAUCGCCCACCGUCAAUCAACACCAUAACUUCACAAUCUAUCCUUCAAUUACCACAGGAAGUAGGGGUGCUGAGGGCGCUGCAGUGGUGCUCCCCUGCCGUGGAGCCCAAGAAAAAAUUAGGAAUGAAACCAUGUUAGACACUGAAGGUGAAUUCGAUCUGGAUGAGACCAUGGACAUGGCCCGCCAGGUGGAGGAGUUCCUCCGACAGCCCAUGGAAACCCAAUGGAGUGGACAACAGUCAUGACCUUUAACCCUGUGAUCUCUUAUCCCAACUACACAAACACUUUAUGGUUGCAUUCCAUAUUUUUAUCUUAACAAAUGUGAAAUGUUAUGUUUGUCGAAGCUGAUUAUUGGAUGUCUAUCUGACUUUGCAUUUUAAAUAUACCUUGUGUAAUUUCCCAUUAUUAACCAGCAAAUAACAGAAUAUCAUCUCGUAUACAGUGAUGCUCAUUGUGGACUUCACAAUGUAGACUUUUAUUUGGCUGGAUAUGAGUGGCUGCAUAACUACGGUAGCCCAAUGUGGGUUUUCCACUUUCAUUACCCAUAACCUUUUAUGUUAUAGUGUUAUAAAAACCUACAUGAUCAAAUCUCCAAUUAGCAUACUUUUAGCUGUGAGUAUUCAGUCUUCUCAAUUUGUCCACCUCCAAUUGACCCUUCGCUAAGCCACGCCCGAAAACCGCCACUGGCCAAUCGUGUCUGAACAACUGUAACUAGGCGCGCCGAGAGGUCUGGCAAGGUUUCGAGCGAGGGAAACAUGCCAAAGCAUUGUACGUAUGGAUUGUGCAAAUCUGAUACCCAUUAUCCUUAAAGUUUUGAUGGGGAAGUGGAUUUUUUUCCUUCACGAAAGUCUAAAAGGCAAGGGGAGACAUGAUGGGCGUGAUCAAGCAGUGUGGGAGACCCACAAAAACACCUAUUGCUUGAAAAAAUAUUGACGGUUCGUUGGUAAUAAUGCAUUUUAACGUAAAAUAAGACGAUCAAAGACAAGAUGGUGGCUCGCUGACAUACUUUAAAAUAUAUUUCAGCAUUUUGUUAAUCGACGGCCUACUACCCCUGGCUAAGUAACUUUAACCCAAUCCGAUCCGGUAUUCCCAUAAAUUUUGUGGAAUAACACUGUUUGAUUUGUAAUUAGUAUUAUUUUCACAUUUCACUUACCCUGCUGUGCACGAACAAAGCUGUUCCUCAGUUUGUGUGUUUCCCGGCUGCUGCUUGCGCUGGUACUAUAGGCUUUAGCUUCAAUUUUUAAGAAAUGAUUCUCUAAUCGGUUGCAUAUUAUGUCGUGGAUAUAUCCCUCGAAUGGAAUACUGCAGUCUUGCUCUCUCAGAUAUUUUACAUGUUUGCCAAAAAUGACUAAUUAUCUCAUUGGGAAUGUCUGACACCAGUGCAUACACACUGUAAUAGAUGUGCCAGCCGUGAAAGCUUGACAGACGUAGCAACAGUAACUAGGGAGGGCGGGGCUUAGCAAAGGGUCAAUUUGAAUACUAUGCAGUUGUGUCUUUUCUAUGGUGGGCCAGUGGUGCACAAAACAACAAAAUGUACAAAGCAAACAAGUUAACAACACAGUGGAAUCAAGCCACAACAGAAGGGAAUCAAGUGACAACAUAAGAGAAGUGCUCCUGCCCACUAGUGUGCUUAAAGGGACACUCCACUUUUUUGGGAAAUAGGCUCAUUUUACAAAUUCCCCCAGAGUUCAACAGUCC